AUGAUUAGAAUUACUAGUCGCAGCGUGAAAGGAGCUGUAAAUAUUCGUAGUGUAUCAACAAGUACCGUGAGAUUCAAUAAUGCCCCAAAAGUAGUUUCACCACCAGUUCCACCAACGGUCAAACCACAGGGAUCAGAAAUCCCCCCACCACCACCACCUCCUCCAAAAACCAAGAAAUUUUCAUUGUUUGGGUUUCUUUUCAAGACUACUUUAUUAGCCACAGUUGUUUAUGGAGGGACAUUAUAUGCUGCCACAAAGAAUGACAAGGUUAUGGAUUUUGUGAUUGAUAAACAAUUACCAUUCCAUGAAGAAUUGAUUGAUUUCAUUGAAAAUGGAUCCACUGAGGAUUUAGAAGAAGCAUGGGAAAACUUGAAAAGCAAAUUCACAAAUGUCAAAUUGCCAACUAAAGAUGACAUUGACGAACUUACUCAAAAAUUAGAACACAGAGGUGAAGAUAUAAUCAAGGAAACCAAAAAGAAAAUAGCUUCCACUCAUAUUGGGCAUAAAAGCGGUACAGACUUGACUCCUGCUGAACAAUUACAAAGGGGUGUUGAAAUUGAAAGCGUCAAAAAAGACUUUGCCCAUUUGCCCUUGAUUGAAUUAAAUUCUGAUCUUGGCAAAUCGGUUGACGACACAGUCAAACAAACAAUCACUUCAUUCAACAACUUUAUACAAUCAAUUGAUGCCAGUUCUCUUGCCAACAAAGAUGACAAACUAGUUGCGUCUGUAAACACUAGUGUUAACCAAUUGGCCUCUAGAUUGAACAGUUUGACCAAGGACUUUGACAAUGAAUUGCAAAAGAAAUUGAAAGUAUCACAAACUGAAUUAUUUUCCUCAUUCACAAGAAAAGAAUUAGAAUUAACUGAGAAUUUAUUGCAUCAGUUUAGUACUGAAAAACAACAGUUAGAAUCUAAAUUGAACCAAAAAUUAAACCAAGAAAUCCAAGCAGCCAGAGCUGCUAUUUCUCAAGCUGCCAGUAAUGCAGUUGCCAUGGUUAGAAUCGAGCAAACCAAAAAUUUUGAAAAAUUAGUCUCAGAGAAAUUAAACGAAGAAAGAACUGGCAGAUUAGCCAACUUAGAGAAAUUAAAUGACCGUAUCAUUGAAUUAGAGAAGUUUGCUGAAGGAUUCGAAACACAGAUUGUUUCAAAUCAUAAAAAGGCAAUAAUUCACCAGACUGUCUCCAAACUCAAAUCUUUGUUAUUAGCUCCAACUGCUGGUGACAAACCACAGCCUAUCAAACCAUAUCUUGAUGAGUUAACCAAAAUUGCAAGUGAUGACGAAGUCUUAAAAUUAGCCAUAAAGGAUUUGAGCCCAUUGGUUACAAACGAGUCUACCCACUCUAUUUUGACUAAUGCCCAGUUAUUGUCUCGUUGGGAACAAUUGGCCCCAGAAUUGAGGUCUGCUUCGUUGUUGCCACCAAAUGCUGGUUUAUUGGGUCACUUGGCAUCCAUUGUUUUUUCUAAACUUUUAUUACCCGUGAAAGGUAUCAAAGAAGAUGGAAAAGAUAUUGAAUCUGUUAUUGGAAGAGUAGAAUCAAGUUUGGCCAGAGGUGAAUUGGAUAUUGCAGUUGAAGAAGCUGCUAACUUGAAAGGUUGGAGUAGAAAGCUUGCUAAUGAUUGGGUUGUUGAAGGUAGAAAGAGACUUGAAAUCGAGUUCCUACUUGGUUUAAUUGAAAGCGAAUCAAGAAUUAUCUAG